AUGGUGUUUCAAGAGAACAAGGAUCCAGCAUAUUACUAUGGCUACGUAUAUUUCAGACAAGUUCGAGACAAAUCGUUAAAAAGAGGCUAUUUCCAGAAGUCCUUGGUCCUCAUCAGCAAACUACCAUACGUCCACCUCUUUCGCACUGUGCUUAAGCGAAUAGCACCAGAAUAUUUUGAAAAAAGUGAAGCUUUCCUGGAAGCAGUUUGUAGUGAUGUUGAUCGUUGGCCACCCCCAAUUCCAGGGGAAAUACUACAUUUGCCCAUUAUGGGUAUUAUAAUGAAGUUGCGGAUUCCAACAUACCGUGACAAGCCUGGAACAACCCAAAUAGUACAGAAUAUGCACCAGGCAGAUGCACAAAUCUCCAUGGCCUUACCUACUGUUCAUGAAGUAGACCUUUUCAGGUGUUUCUGUCCAGUAUUCUUUCACAUUCAGAUGCUCUGGGAACUAGUAUUGCUAGGAGAACCACUUGUUGUGAUGGCACCAUCACCAUCUGAAUCUUCAGAAACUGUAUUAGCGCUUGUUAGUUGUAUUUCACCGUUAAAGUACUGCAGUGAUUUCAGGCCAUACUUUACCAUACAUGACAGUGAAUUUAAAGAAUAUACAACUCGUACACAAGCCCCACCAUCUGUCAUUUUAGGGGUGACAAAUCCUUUUUUUGCUAAAACACUCCAGCACUGGCCCCACAUUAUCCGAAUUGGAGAUAUUAAACUUCCAGUCUUUAUAUUAGGAAUGAAGAUUUCUAGUAAGGUGGCUUUAAAUGUUUUGGCAGGUGAAGUUCCAAAGCAGGUGAAAGUGAAAAAACUGAAGAACCUAAAAACUUUGGACUCAAAACCUGGGGUUUAUACGUCUUAUAAGCCAUAUUUGAAUAAAGAUGAAGAAAUCAUUAAACAUUUACAAAAGGGUGUACAGCAGAAACGUCCCACAGAAGCACAGAGUGUGAUUCUUCGGCGUUAUUUUUUGGAAUUGACGGAAAGUUUCAUUAUUCCAUUAGAACGUUACGUGGCAAGUCUAAUGCCUUUGCAAAAAAGUAUAUCACCAUGGAAGAGUCCACCACAGCUGAGACAGUUUAGCCAAGAGGACUUCAUGAAGACACUGGAGAAAGCAGGACCACAGCUCACUUCAGGUUUAAAAGGAGACUGGAUAGGACUUUACAGGCAUUUUUUGAAAUCGCCAAACUUUGAUGGUUGGUUUAGGAGCCGGCAGAAAGAAAUGACACAGAAGCUGGAGGCCCUUCAUUUAGAAGCACUCUGUAAUGAGGUAUUUGUUGGUGUUGUGCUUAUGCCCUAG